GCUGAGGCCCUGGGCGGGCGGUGCGAAGGCUUGUUUGCCAAAGCGCGGUCCCCCCGCAGUCCGGAGCUCCCUUCUUCAGGGGAGGGGGAAAAGGGUGUAGCCCCCCUACCUAGGGUGAAUGGGCUGUCGCGUGGGCUGCUAAGGGCAGGCUGGGGAGCACGGGGGCCAGGGCCGCGACCAUGAACUCACCCGUGGACCCCGGAGCUAGGCAGGCGCUGAAGAAGAAGCCGCCCGAGCGGACGCCCGAGGACUUAAAUACUAUUUAUUCUUAUCUUCAUGGAAUGGAAAUAUUAUCAAAUCUCAGGGAACAUCAGCUUAGAUUAAUGUCUGCAAGAGCACGCUAUGAGAGAUACAGUGGCAAUCAAGUUCUUUUUUGGAGCAGUGUGAAGCCUUUGAAAGGGAUGCAUUGCCAAACUGCUCUGAGAGUGAAAUUCUCUGCAAGUUCAGAAACUAUUGCCAGAUGUUGGUAUAUCCUGCUUUCUGGAUCUGUGCUUAUGAAAGACUCCAUGGUUUUGCCUCCUUGCAGUUUUGGUAAGCAGUUUGGAGGAAAAAGAGGAUGUGAUUGUCUUGUAUUAGAGCCUUCAGAAAUGAUUGUGGUAGAGAAUUCCAAAGAUAAUGAAGAUAGUAUUCUACAAAGAGAAGUUCCUGCCAGACAGUCUCGACGAAGGUUUCGGAAAAUUAACUGUAAAGGAGAACGCCAAACUAUUACUGAUGAUGUGGACAUUAACAGCUAUCUUUCUCUUCCAGCCGAUCUUACCAAGAUGCACAUUGCAGACAACCCUCAUCCACAGGUGACUCAUGUGUCUUCUAGUCAGUCUGGUUGUAGCAUUGCCAGUGACUCUGGGAGCAGCAGUUUAUCAGAUAUCUAUCAGGCUACGGAAAGUGAGGUAGGAGAUGUAGAUUUAACACGUCUUCCAGAAGGACCUGUUGAUUCUGAAGAUGAAGAAGAGGAAGAUGAAGAGAUUGAUCGAACAGAUCCACUGCAGGGGCGAGAUCUUGUUCGAGAAUGUCUUGAAAAAGAACCUGCAGACAAAACUGAUGAUGACAUUGAACAAUUACUGGAGUUUAUGCACCAGCUUCCUGCUUUUGCAAACAUGACCAUGUCUGUAAGGAGAGAACUCUGCUCAGUGAUGAUUUUUGAAGUGGUGGAGCAGGCUGGAGCUAUUAUUCUUGAAGAUGGGCAAGAGCUUGACUCAUGGUAUGUUAUUUUAAACGGCACUGUAGAAAUUAGUCAUCCAGAUGGAAAAGUUGAAAAUCUCUUUAUGGGAAAUAGUUUUGGAAUUACACCCACUCUGGAUAAGCAGUACAUGCAUGGAGUUGUUAGGACUAAAGUAGACGAUUGUCAGUUUGUCUGCAUAGCCCAGCAGGAUUAUUGGAGAAUUUUAAAUCAUGUGGAAAAAAAUACCCAUAAAGUUGAGGAAGAGGGAGAAAUUGUUAUGGUACAUGAGCACCGUGAACUAGAUCGCAGUGGAACCAGGAAAGGACACAUUGUAAUCAAGGCAACACCUGAGCGUCUCAUCAUGCAUUUAAUAGAAGAGCAUUCCAUUGUGGACCCAACUUAUAUAGAAGAUUUCCUAUUAACUUACAGAACAUUUCUUGAAAGUCCUUUGGAUGUUGGGACCAAACUAUUGGAAUGGUUUAAAAUUGACAGCUUAAGGGAUAAGGUAACACGGAUUGUAUUAUUAUGGGUAAAUAAUCAUUUUAAUGAUUUUGAAGGUGAUCCUGCUAUGACUCGAUUUCUGGAGGAAUUUGAAAAAAAUCUGGAAGAUACAAAAAUGAAUGGUCAUCUCCGGUUAUUGAAUAUUGCCUGUGCUGCGAAGGCUAAGUGGAGACAGGUUGUACUGCAAAAGGCUUCCCGGGAGUCCCCUCUGCAUUUCAGCCUAAAUGGAGGAAGUGAGAAGGCAUUUGGUAUUUUUGUUGAAGGAGUAGAACCUGGUAGCAAAGCUGCUGAUGCAGGACUGAAACGUGGUGAUCAGAUAAUGGAAGUAAAUGGACAAAACUUUGAGAAUAUAACGUUUGUGAAGGCCCUUGAAAUUUUGAGGAAUAAUACUCAUCUUGCACUUACUGUAAAGACCAACAUUUUUGUGUUCAAAGAGUUGCUUACUAGGACCGAACAAGAGAAAUCUGGUGUUCCUCAUAUUCCCAAAAUUGCUGAAAAAAAAAGUAAUCGCCACUCAAUCCAGGAUGUACCAGGAGAUAUUGAACAGACAUCACAGGAGAAAGGAAACAAGAAAAUAAAAGCAAAUACUGUUUCAGGUGGAAGAAACAAAAUCAGGAAAAUUUUGGAUAAAACACGAUUUAGUAUCUUGCCUCCAAAACUGUUUAGUGAUGUAGGCCUGAGCCAGUCACAGGACGACAGCAUUGUGGGAACGAGACACUGUAGGCACAGUUUGGCCAUAAUGCCUAUCCCUGGAACACUCUCAUCCAGCAGCCCUGAUCUCCUGCAGCCUACCACCAGCAUGUUGGAUUUUUCUAAUCCCUCAGAUAUUCCUGAUCAAGUUAUAAGAGUUUUCAAAGCAGAUCAACAGAGUUGCUACAUUAUCAUCUGUAAAGACACUACAGCUAAAGAAGUUGUUUGUCAAGCUAUUCAUGAAUUUGGUUUGACUGGUGCAUCUGACACAUAUUCUCUCUGUGAAGUUUCUGUUACUCCUGAGGGUGUCAUAAAACAGAGAAGACUUCCGGACCAAUUCUCCAAAUUAGCUGAUAGAAUUCAGCUCAAUGGAAGGUAUUAUUUAAAAAAUAACAUGGAAACAGAAACCCUGUGUUCGGAUGAAGAUGCUCAAGAACUAAUUAAGGAAAGCCAACUAUCCAUGCUGCAGCUCAGUACUAUUGAGGUGGCCACUCAGCUGUCAAUGAGGGACUUUGAUUUAUUUCGUAAUAUUGAGCCUACUGAAUAUAUUGAUGACCUUUUUAAGUUAGAUUCAAAAACAGGAAAUACUCACUUGAAAGAAUUUGAAGAUAUUGUAAACCAAGAGACAUUCUGGGUGGCCUCAGAGAUUUUAACUGAAUCAAAUCAGCUCAAACGAAUGAAGAUUAUUAAACAUUUUAUUAAAAUUGCACUUCAUUGUCGAGAAUGUAAGAACUUCAAUUCCAUGUUUGCAAUAAUAAGUGGCUUGAACCUGGCAUCUGUAGCACGACUCAGAGGUACUUGGGAAAAGUUACCAAGCAAGUAUGAGAAACACCUCCAAGAUCUACAAGACCUUUUUGAUCCAUCUAGAAACAUGGCAAAAUAUAGAAAUAUUCUUAGUAGUCAAAGCAUGCAGCCUCCAAUUAUUCCACUCUUCCCCGUUGUCAAGAAAGAUAUGACUUUUCUACAUGAAGGAAAUGAUUCCAAAGUAGAUGGUUUAGUAAAUUUUGAGAAGCUCAGAAUGAUUGCCAAGGAAAUUCGUCAAGUUGUUCGAAUGACUUCUGCUAACAUGGACCCAGCUAUGAUGUUCCGACAGAGGAAGAAGAGGUGGCGGAGUCUGGGGUCACUGAGUCAAGGCAGCACAAAUUCAAACAUGCUGGAUGUUCAGGGAGGUGCUCACAAAAAAAAGGCACGCCGUAGCUCUCUGCUUAAUGCUAAGAAGCUGUACGAAGAUGCCCAAAUGGCAAGGAAAGUGAAGCAAUAUCUUUCCAGUCUGGAUGUAGAAACAGAUGAGGAGAAGUUCCAGAUGAUGUCAUUGCAAUGGGAGCCUGCAUAUGGCACCUUGACCAAGAAUCUAAGUGAGAAAAGAUCAGUCAAGUCAUCAGAAAUGUCUCCAGUGCCUGUGAGGUCAGCUGGCCAAGCAGCUAAAGCCCAUUUGCAUCAGCCCCACAGAGUGAGCCAGGUGCUUCAGGUACCAGCUGUAAAUUUGCACCCCAUCAGGAAGAAGGGACAAGCAAAAGACCCUGCCACACUGAGUACAAGUUUACCUCAGAAAGUUUUAGGAACAACUGAAGAAAUAAGUGGUAAGAAACAUACAGAAGACACUAUUUCUAUGGCAUCAUCCUUACAUUCUAGUCCUCCUGCGUCUCCUCAAGGUUCCCCUCGCAAAGGUUAUACACUUAUACCAUCAGCUAAAUCUGACAACUUGUCUGACUCCAGCCAUAGUGAGAUUUCUUCACGGUCCAGCAUUGUGAGCAAUUGCUCUGUUGACUCCAUGUCUGCAGCUCUACAGGAUGAACGGUGUUCCUCCCAGGCUGUGGCAGUCCCUGAAUCCACUGGAGCAUUUGAAAAGACAGAGCACUCCUCAGGGAUAGGAGACCAUAGUCAGCCUGGCCCUGGGUGGACACUCUCAAAGCCAUCACUAAUCAAGAAUUUAGCUGUCUCAUCUUCUAUGAGCAAUGACGAGAUUUCUCACGAGCAUAUCAUUAUAGAAGCAGCUGAUAGUGGUCGUGGAAGUUGGACUUCCUGUUCAAGCAGCUCCCAUGACAACUUCCAAAGCCUUCCAAACCCAAAAGGCUGGGAUUUUUUGAACUCUUAUCGACAUACCCAUUUGGAUGGUCCCAUAGCUGAAGUUGAACCCACUGACUGUGAGCCCUGUACCUGUCCUAAAGGCUGCUCUCGAACUUGUGGUCAGUGUAAAGGAAGCCUAGAGACUAAUCAGAUGAGGCAGAGUUGGGCUUCUUCUAGUUCUCUGUCUGAUACAUACGAACCAAACUAUGGGACAGUUAAACGGAGAGUGUUGGAGAGCACCCCAGCUGAGUCAGCUGAAGGCUUGGACCACAAGGACGGCAUCGACCCCGUUUAUAAAACUGUUACUUCGAGUACAGAAAAGGGCUUGAUUGUGUACUGUGUCACCUCACCCAGGAAGGAGGAUAGGUAUAGGGAGCCACCUCCCACUCCUCCAGGAUACAUGGGGAUUUCUUUAGCAGACCUAAAGGAAGGACCCCACCUACACCUAAAACCUCCAGAUUAUAGUGUGGCAGUGCAGAGGUCAAAGAUGAUGCAUAACAGCCUCUCUAGACUGCCACCAGCUUCUCUCAGUAGCAACCCUGUGGCCUGUGUUCCAUCGAAGAUCAUAACUCAGCCUCAGAGGCAUAAUUUGCAGCCAUCCCAUCCUAAACUAGCAGAUGUGACUGACGCAGAUAGCGAAGCAGAUGAAAAUGAACAGGUUUCAGCAGUGUAGCCUUUGGAUUGACCUGAUUGAAGUCUACUGAAAGUCACGGAGGAAGGAGUGGGCAGAACCAACUCACAAUUCUGCAGGCCGUUGCCAACAAAUAGCUCGCUGCUCCUGCUGCUAGCCCAGAGGUUUUAUUCCCUGUACUCUGAGCAAUGAGAUAGCCCUGAAUCAUGCUUCCUUUCAUUUAAUCCCUGCAGAUGCAUAGUUUCCUCAGCUAUGGAUGUUGUGCCUGGAUACCAGUCUUCGCUUUGCAUACCAGACCUGCCUUGGGACCACAGUUACUAGAACAAAUUCAAACUCGAGUCCUCCCCAUAUAUAUCACUAUAGAUUUUCCUUUAACAUGUUAUUUUUAAGAUAGUAGUAGUGGUAGUAUUUUCAAGCCAUAGCUUGGGUUAACAGACAAAUUCAGAAUGUCUGCCAAUACCAAGGAUAUUUUUAUGUAUUUGAAAAGUAACUUAUUAUUUGAAGUUUUGUGGUUUUGUUUGUAUUUGGGAGCUCUUGUUAAUUGAUGUUCAUGUUUGAGGCCAUAAAACUGUCUCUGAUCUGACCAAACUGAAGCCAUCUUUACAGGAUGAUAUGUUUGAUCUAUACAGAGAUGUAACCAUCUAUAGCACCAACGAAAUGUAGGGUCUCAGUUUGAGUGGAACAGGAAUCCCUUUGCUGUUGAGGUGUUAGGAAGGAGAAUACUGCCAUCUGCUGGUCAGGAUUUGGAAGGCCAAAUGAAGCUACCACAGGGUCUUAGCAGUCUCUUGGGAAAAGGAAGGGGUAUGAUGGGGUGUGUAGCAACUCUAAUUUCCAAAGAAUGAAAUGUUUAUCUUACAUAACAUGUAUACCAGUUCUUUCUGAAGUGAAAGUCAUUCUCUGUCUAACUGUAGCUAUAAGUAUAAAUGCAGUAAAUAGAGAAUGAGUUCUAGACAGUUCUACUCUGUAGAAACCCAUACCUAAAAUUUUUCACAACUCAAAUAUGGAGUUUUUUUAAAGGACAUGUUAUCUUUGGCGGUAUAGUCAUGAAGAUCAAUUUAGCUUUAUGAGGUGUUCUGCGGCACCCACCACCCAACCCCCAUCUCACAGCACAAGGCUGUUUUUAAUCUUCAUAAACCCUGCAGCUCCCAGUUGGCUGCAGGUAAAGCUCAUUAGCACACCAAGGUCUAUAAUUGGUUGAAAAUUUUGUGGGGGAAAGAGGAGCUAGAAUUAUGGAAAUGAUUAUUUCUCGGUUUUCACUUUAGGCCUUGAGAGGAAGGAGAUAUAUAUAUUUAACAGCCUGUUGGGCGUGGCACUCUUAAGUAUUUAGUUAAAAUUUCAGUGACUGUUCACUGGAUGAGGUAGACUUUCCGCAUUUAAAAAAGAUUAAGUAUUGGGCUUCCCUGGUGGCGCAGUGGUUGAGAAUCUGCCUGCUAAUGCAGGGGACACGGGUUCGAGCCCUGGUCUGGGAAGAUCCCACAUGCCGCGGAGCAACUAGGCCCGUGAGCCACAACUACUGAGCCUGCGCGUCUGGAGCCUGUGCUCCGCAACAAGAGAGGCCGCGAUAGUGAGAGGCCCGCGCACCGCGAUGAAGAGUGGCCCCCGCUUGCCACAACUAGAGAAAGCCUUCGCACAGAAACGAAGACCCAACACAGCCAAAAAUAAAUAAAUUAAUUAAUCAAUUAAAAAAAAAAAAAAAAAAAAGAUUAAGUAUGAUGUUUUUCUACAUCUUAAGUUUAAAUUUUUUCAUUUGUUUUUUAGUGUAAAGGCAAGUGAAAGGUUAAUAAACUUCUGUGACUACCAAAAAAAAAAAAGCCAAAGCCAUUAAUGUGUACUACCCAGAUCAACUUGGAGCCAAAAAUAGGUUUACUUCUGAAUGGUUAUCCAUAUGUGAAUUUAUAGGAUUUCGUUGGCUUACUACUUCCUUUUGAAAAGUUUGUUCUCAUUUUUUCCUAGCUUUCUCUUCCUUCUCUCUAUCAUCCUCCUAUUUCCUUCAUUUUAAAAUCGUAAAUCAGUUCCAACUGGUAAAUGGCAGUAGUCCAUCUUUUCUAUCAAAAUGAUAAUUUCUUCAUUUUAGGAAAAAUAACAUGUCUGAAAAAUUCCCAUGGGCAAAAAACUGUAAAUACGAAACUUAAGCCUUAGAAAUUAACCCCAGGUAUGUUAGAAUGAGGCUAGUUGGCUUCAUAGCUUUCUUGGCCCAUUGAAAUGGAAAGUAACCUGGAUCAAAAAUCCUGGUUUGAAAGUCACAUUGUAAAGGUUUGAUCUAUAAACAGUGGUCCUGUGAUCAUAAAGUUUUCUUUCACUGAUUUACACAAUAUUAUUUUCAUGUCCAGAGCAAAACAAAGUGAAAGAUAUUUUUGCUACAACCAUCUUUUUAUCCAGUUUGGGUAUUUAUUCUCACCAUUUUUUAUCCACUCCCCAGAAAAAUGUGCUGUUUGCACAGUAUCUGUUUUUUUAGCAGGUCUUUCAAACCAGAUGGGAGCCUUCUCCAUCAUCGUCCUCAAUGUUGUGGAUAAUAUCUUGCACAGAGAGUCAGAGGCUUGUGGUUUUGGACUUGCACCUUGUAGCUGCCUUUGUUUCCUGUAGCUUGAAAUGUGAGUGUUUGGAUCAGCUGAUCACAUUGAUCAAGAACUAAAGCCAAAUGCUUUCUAGUUUGAUAUGUAUUUAUCCCUUAAAAUAUCGUGGCGUUUUGAUCUUUAUAUUCUAAUUUACGGUACAUUCCUGCCUUCUCUUAAUUUGUCACGCGACUAGAACAAGAGACGCCUUAACCUAUACUUGCUCCAAUUCAAAAUGCCCAUUUGUUUUUAUUUUAUAAAUUUAUAAGUAUACUGAAGAGAUCUGUGCCCUUGUUGUACCACAACUCUGAAUCUGCCAGGGCUAUUGAAGCAGUAAAUCCUCACUGCAAACUUUUGCCAAAUAAUAAGUUUCAACAAAAAAAAUCUCUGCAUAAUGAAAGAUUUGGAGAAUUAGUAAAUCCAAUAUAUACUUCCAUAAAGGUUUAUUGUAAUUUAAUAGAGUCUUACUUUCUCCAAAUGGUUACUUGCAGUAUGAUAUUUGGGGAGAAAAAGCCUUUAAAUGGUUUUUCUUGAGGGUGAUGUCGCAUUGUCAUCAUCUGCAUAACCACUUUGAGAAUCUCUCCUAGGCUUGAAAUGUGACAGUAAUCAUGGAGAUAUCCAAGAACAAUUCUAAUUUUUACAAAGUGUUUUCUCCCCUUUAAAAAGAAGGGGAGAAAGAGUUUCCUUGUAUAUUUAAGACUCUGAUUAUUAUUCUGAUACAUACAUUUCUAAAAAAUGUGAUAUUAAAGUAGAUGUAUCCCUUUAGUAUUACCGUAAAUGCGAUAUAGCAAAGGGAUAAAUCUUCAAAAAAGUGUCACAGUACAUUUUCAAAUUUAAACUUGAACCCCAGUUCAUCUUUAAUUUCUGUUGUGCUUUUUUAAGGCUUCUUUACUUUUGAUACACAGAAUACAGUUGUACUUAACCUUUUAAAAUUGAAACGUGAGCUGAUCAGCAAAGGACAAAAACAAAACUGCACAGUCAUAAUAAUCAAAUAGCAAUUAUACUGCACAAUUCAGUGAUUGUAAAGUGUCCUGUAACAAGCAAUGUUUGUCUCCUAUUUUUUGAUACCUCUUAAACUUAUGUCUUUUAGAAAGACAGUGCCUCUGUAUGCUUUUUGUAUUUUUAUUGAGUGUAAAUAUUUGUUAUAUUUUUGGUUAAGAGAAUGUAAAAGUACCAUUUAUUAUUAUCAUAUCUACUAAUACAUUGGUGGAAUCAAUAAA